AUGAGUAGUGGCGACGCGAGUUGGAAGCGUGCAUCCACUGGGCCCUCCAAGACAGCAGCAACUGUGUGUACCGACUGCAGUGGAGAAUUCGGCUUCUUCAAACGCAAAGUCAACUGCAGUGUGUGUAACGAUGCCAUGUGCACCAAAUGCCGAUCAAACGCACAGUACAACCUGAAGUGUUGUAAGAGCUGUGUGUUGGUGUCCAAGCCCAACCUCACGGCACUUGCGGGAUCAUACACUCUGUGCGAGGAGCUCUCUCUGAAG